CUUUUUUCUUCGGCUUUUAGACGAGCAGGUGGUUUGGGUUUGGUCUCAUUUACCUUUAAACAAGUUGCAGCGUUUUAUGUUUUUCUGUCGCUGGUGUGUCGCUUACCGAAACACGAGAAAUAUGGUUUAGUUCUCCAACACCUGUUCCAAGACUGCCCCUAUAGGACGCUUUUCACUCCAGCACAAAUGUAAAGACUACAACGUCGAGCGGGGAAAAGUUAUACUUGGUCUUAUAGGAAGUAAGCAUCAUGACUGUGUGAUUUCCAUUACUCGGAAAAAGUGAUGUUUAAGACAUAAGGCCACUGGUGUGACAGGGGGUUUCUUUACUGAAUUACUCCUACGCAGUGCUUUAGCAAGAGGCCCUUAUUCUCAUUUCAGAAGGAGAAAUGAAGGAUAGACUGUGUGAUCUGAAUAAUAUUGUAUCUAAACAAUCCCAAGAGGAGCCAUCUGUGGAGAAUGGGGAGGACUUGGACAAUGGAGAAGUGGAGCACCAUGCCAUGGUGUUCGAGGGUGAAGACACCAUGGACGAUGUUUUCAAGGAGGCCCAGGCUAUGCACAAAAAAAUCGCUCACCUCAGAAUGGAGGUGAAGAAGCUGGGCAAGCAGAACACCCGUUUUCUCACCUCAGUCAGACGCAUCAGCAGCAUCAAGCGGGACUCCAAUGCCAUUGCACGCAACAUCAAGGCUGAGGGAGAGAAGCUGUAUGCGAGGCUUCAGGACAUGGAGAGACAGUGUAAAAAGCUGGAGGAGAAACAAGGGGCCCACUCCGCGUUCACCCGCAUGGUACGCUCCCAGUACAACUCUUUAACCAGUGCCUUCCAUAGUGCAAUGUCUGAGUAUAAUGAGGCUGAGAUGGCACAAAGGGAAAACUGCAAGAUACGAAUCCAGCGACAGACGGAGAUCAUGGGCAAGGAGGUGACUGGGGAUCAGAUUGAAGAAAUGAUCGAGACUGGAAAGUGGAAUGUCUUCUCGGAUAACCUUGUCACAGAUGAGCGAGCCUUUCGUUCAGCACUCAGCGAGAUCGAGGACCGCCACAAGGAGCUUCUAGAACUGGAGAGCCGCAUUCGAGACAUUCAUGAGCUCUUUUUUCAGUUGGCUCUGCUGGUAGAGCAGCAAGGGGCUAUGGUGGAUAACAUUGAGGCUAACGUAUGUGCAGCAGAAGAGUUUAUAGGCAAAGCUACAGUGGAGAUCAAGAAGGCUGUGAAAUAUAAGAAGAAGAAUCCUUGUAGACAGCUUUUUUGUUGUUGUUUCCCAUGUUGUAAUAAGUGAAGAAUAUGCUUCACUGCCUUCUCAUGUCACACCCAUUUCAAAAUAACAGGUGAGCUUACUAAAUGCAGGAUUUAAUUGGCCUGUCUUUGGUGGAGCUUCAUGUCGUUGUUGCUCAAUGGUCAUGUGAUUAACAGGAAUGUACAUGUCACCAGCCUUUUCUUUUUUUUUCUUUCUAAAUUUGUUAUAUGAUAUUACUGGUUGCCUAAACAUGUCAUCAAAUGGAGUGACAAAGCCUUGUUUACCAAUAGAGCAACGAUAUAUGAACACAGAACUGCUUAUUAUUCCAGUUUCAUAUUUGUAUUGUUUCUGUUUUGUGUUUAAUAACGGUUCAGAAAGAAUUUGUACUAUAUUAUUUAACUUUUAAAAUUAUGAUGUAAAAUAACUGCAACAUAGAAAAAAGAAGCUUUAUAUUUAAGUGAUCAUGCAAACUUUUUAUUAAUGUUUUAUUGUUUCAUAAAUGAAUAAAUAAUUUUAACUUUGG